AUGGAGUCCCGAGUUCUCUCACGCGCCACCGGCAUUCCCAGCGUCCCAGCACUGCGAAAGCAGCCGUCAAGGCUCAUCCCCACCACCAGCUUCGCCACAGUGAAAACAAUCGGAGCUGUUGGAGAUGGCGGUAACCUCAUAUGGGGGAGGCAACUCCGGCCAGCUAUUCUACUUGAAAGCUCGCCGGCCAUCGGAAUCUGUCUUCCCACUACCAAAAAAGAGAUUCUCCGGCCGAGCAUGGCCGCUGCGUCUUCGCCGGCUGAAGGAAGUGAUUCCGCCGGGGAUGCUAAGGUGGCUCCAAUCGGGUUCUUCGAGAAGUACCCGGCCCUUGUAACCGGGUUCUUCUUCUUCAUGUGGUACUUUCUUAAUGUGAUCUUCAACAUAAUCAACAAGAAGCUCUACAAUUACUUCCCUUAUCCUUAUUUUGUGUCAGUAAUACAUUUGUUUGUUGGGGUGGUGUAUUGUUUGGUGAGCUGGACUGUGGGCCUUCCUAAGCGCGCCCCUAUUGACUCAAACCUUCUUAAGCUGCUCAUCCCUGUCGCUGUGUGUCAUGCCCUAGGCCAUGUGACCAGCAAUGUCUCAUUUGCAGCAGUUGCAGUUUCGUUCACCCACACAGUCAAAGCACUCGAGCCGUUCUUCAAUGCCGCUGCAUCUCAAUUCAUUCUUGGACAGCAAAUACCCCUAACUCUCUGGCUAUCAUUGGCUCCGGUUGUCCUUGGUGUAUCAAUGGCAUCAUUGACUGAGCUUUCUUUCAACUGGUUGGGCUUCAUCAGUGCGAUGAUUUCCAAUAUCUCCUUCACUUACCGGAGUAUAUACUCAAAGAAAGCCAUGACUGAUAUGGACAGUACCAAUCUGUAUGCCUACAUCUCCAUCAUCGCUCUCAUCGUGUGUAUUCCACCUGCCAUAAUUAUUGACGGACCUCAACUGAUUAAGCAUGGGUUUAGUGAUGCUAUUGCAAAAGUAGGGGUGACAAAGUUCCUCUCAGAUCUCUUCUGGGUGGGAAUGUUCUACCACCUGUACAAUCAGCUGGCAACAAACACCCUUGAGAGGGUGGCACCGCUUACACAUGCAGUUGGAAAUGUGUUGAAACGGGUGUUUGUGAUUGGCUUCUCAAUCAUAGUCUUUGGUAACAAGAUUUCUACUCAAACUGGCAUAGGAACAUGCAUUGCAAUUGCUGGAGUGGCUAUCUACUCAUUUAUCAAGGCCAAGAUGGAAGAAGAGAAACGACAAAUGAAAGCAGCAUGA